AUGACACUACCAUCGUCGUCAACAUCAACACAACAAGCUGGUUUAUCAUCAAUAGUUUCAGUUAGUCAUCCUCAAUUUACACGUAAUGCAUCAUGUCCAACACAACAUACAUUAUCAUCAACAAUGAAUUCAUUAAUGAUUGAAAAAAAAUAUAGUUCAUCAUCAAAUACAUUACAUACAUAUUUUAAUCAAACAAUAACUCAACGUUCAAAUACAAUUCCAUCACAUCAUUCAAUAAUAAUUGAAAAUAAAAAUAUUCUUCAAAAAAUCAAAACUCGUGUUGUUAAUUUAUUUAAACAUAUAUCAAAUGGAAAUUCAAUAAAUAAUAAUAAUAAUAAAGAUAAUCAAAUAGAUAUUAAUCAACCACAACAACAAUCAACAUUUAAUUAUGAUCCUGAACUUGAUUUACGUGAAGAACAUUUAUUACUUAUAUCAAAACGUUUAUUAACAACAUUACGUGAAAGUAAAAUUAAACAUUUAUCAUGUGAUAAUUUAUUUCUUCCAUGUAAUCAUAUACGAAACAUAGCAAGACAAUGUUUAAUUAUGUCAGCCGAAGAACCAUUUGGUAUAAUGGGUGCACAAAUAAAAAUAAAAUUAACAUUAUUAUCACCUAAUAUGACAACAACAAUAACAAAAUAUUUACCAAUAAUACAAAUAAAUCCUAAACAAAAGACAACAUUUGAAAUUGAAAUUGAUUUACAUGAAGAUACAAAAGUAUUUACAUUGAGACAUUUUCUUCCACGAAUGAAAAUGUUUCAACAAAUUAAGGAACGUAGUCCAUUAUAUGUAAGUCCCCGGUGUUUACUCAUUAAAAAUGUCUUCUAUAAAACAGCUGAACCAAAACGAGCUUUUGUUAAUUCAUCUUGA